GUAGUACUCCAGACGAGUGUGAGGAGAUGAAUGAAAAACCCAAAAAGAAGAAAAAGCAAAAGCCCCAGGAGGUUCCUCAGGAGAAUGGAAAGGAAGAUAUAUCUCUUUCUCCAAACCCAAGAAAAAUAAAUCUUUUCAAGGAGUUGUUGAGCAGCGACCUUGAAGAGAUGGCUGGCAGCACCAGUCUUCCCAAGAGGAAGAAGUCUUCACCCAAGGAGGAUACAGUUAAUGACCCUGAAGAGGCAGGCAACAGAAGUGUCUCCAAGAAAAAGAGGAAACCGUCCAAAGAGGAGCCCGUCAGCAGUGGACCCUAAGAGGCUGCUGGCAGCAAGAGCAGCUCCAAGAAGAAGAAAAAGUUCCACAAAGCAGCCCAGGAAGAUUAGAAUGCAAAUGGACAUUCUCUGGGACACAGGGCAUACCAUAGCCCAUGGUGACAUUUCCCACUGUGUCCUGUUCCCCAAUAAAAACAC